AUGGCGAUCUUUACGCAAAAAGAUAGGCCUGGCACCAUCUCCAGACGUGGCAACCAUAAGCAACCUACUCCAUACGUCGUCAUAAGCUAUCCUGGAAUCGCAGCCCUCUACAAGGAAGAUAUCAACGACGUGGCCGAGUAUCUAGGUCUUCCGAAACUCACGGGCUUUUACAAUUUCCAUCCGUCGGAAAUUUACGCUUCUUUUGCGGGACACGGGCUUGGAUUAUGUGAGCACUUCGAGGCCAAGGAUAGGUGCCAGGAUGAAGGAAGUCAACUACCGAUGCGCGAAACUUUCUUGGUUGAAUAUACCGAUCAAGCUAUUUUACUGCAAACGGAGUAUUUACAGACGGCGUUGGAUGUGGAUUAUGGAUCUACGGACCCUCAUUCAAUAGCUUCUUUUGAAUUGGGUGCUCAUUCAAGCGUUGAUAAUCAUGCGUCGCGGGUGGCGGAAUUUGUUUAUCGGUUUUUAAGCUCCUGGUAUGGAAAUGUUCCUAUUGGAGUUCCUGAUGAGCUUUUGAUUAUCAUGACGGGUAUCAUGGAUGAUGGUAUAGAAGAGGCUAUUCGAGAUGCGGCGGGGAGAGUGGUGCCGAAUGCUCAAAUGCUUGCGUCUAAAACUGAGUUCGUUGCAGCUAGGGGGGUCUGCGGAGCUUGCGCGGAGAGUGAAUGUUAUGGCAUCUUCUUGAUCUGCCUUGAAAAGUUGGGGUGGUUACGCUCGUUGGGAAUGAAAGAGAGAGAGAAAGAGAGAUAG